UGAUGUUCCCUCAAGAUGAACUACCUCCUGCACCGCCAGCGCACUCCGGGCGCCGUAAUCCCAGUCCCGGAAGAGCUCAAAGAGCUCAUGUCCGAAAUCAGCCGGGAAGUCCUGCGCGCGCAGCCACCAAGCCCGAUCCACUUUAUCGCGGAUUACCUGGAGGCGAAGCUGGUGCGCCGUGAAAACCAGGUCGUGGCGAACCGGGUCGUCGACACCGUUCUGGACACCAGCCUGAACAUUAUCGAACUGCUGGACGAGCUGGGCAUUGACAAGGCGGAGAAAGCCGAACGGGCGGUUGCGAUGAUCCGGGAGGCGUUCCGGAAGCACUUCCAGGUGCGGACUUCGGAUGAGAGCUUGAGGGAAGCGUUCCGGGAGGCGGAGGUUCUGAAGCGGUUGGUUGAUGAGUGCGGAUUCACGGAACAGGAAGCGCUCAAGGCUGGGAAGGUCAUUGAGAGGGCGUACAGGACGUACUUUUUGCGGAACGUGUACAAGGAGUAUCAUGGCCCGGCGGUGACCAGCGAUUGGAAGGAAGCUGCGGAGCAUACCUUGGGGGUCUACGCAGCCAGCGGAGCUACAAAGGAGGAGAUGAAUCGUGCUGUGAUCAGGAUUCAGCAGGCUUACAGGGCUUAUUAUUCGAAGAAGCGUCGUAAUUUGGAUCGAAAGGCCACAAUUAUUCAGCAGGCCGUCCGGAAGCAUCAGGAGAAGCAGGUUACAUCGGGGGUUUUGAACGAACUCAUAGACGACGCCGUUGAUCCCAAAUUCCGGGCUCGUGAAGAAAUCCUGCGCAUCGUAGACAUGGUCAUCACCGGACAAGUUGGAGAACCGGAAGAGAAGGAAAAGGAAGAAGCAGCCACAAUGAUCCAGUCGGUGUUCCGGGGUCGUCAAACCAGGAAGAAAUUCGCCAACGUUGGGUGGGAUUCCAGCCCAGAGCCUGGCCCCAGCAACACUGUUGUAGCUGACCCGGCGAACGAUGACCUCGACGGGGCGGCCACUUUGGUUCAAUCAUUGGCAAGGGGUCACCUCGUGCGUCGGCAGAUCCAAAAAGAACAGUCCGCCGCAGUCAAGAUACAGAGCUACGCCCGGGGCCACCUCGCACGCAAGCAGCAUUCCCAGCAGCAGGACAACUAAUGCCUUCCCCAAAGGUCGUGGAAACCAACUCAGCCAAAAUUUGUAUUAAUAAAAUAGUUUUUCCUCGAAGUCAUUACCCGC